AGCAGCACGCGAGGAGCCGAAACCAAACCACGUGAUCAAAUGCGGAAAUUGUCCGAUGUAGAAAGUGUAGCGGAGAACAGAGGGGAGUGGAGGCUCUGGUGUCCGUCUGUGUUUUGAGCUGCUGGUGAUAUUAGCUGGACUCUCCUGCACCAAACAACACCUUCACACACAGAUCGUCGGUUAUCUGAUGCACGAGUGUCAUCUGCCGUGAUAAAAGUAAGGGUUGUUCUGAGGUCAGACUGCUGAGAUGACAAGGCUGUGACAGUGUGUGUCCAAGUGUGUCGGUACUGGACCAAUUCCUGUGACAUGGCUGCUGCAAAGAAGAGUUGUGCAAAGGCGGGAGGCGUGCGCUUCUCAGAGGAACCCCCCGCCGCCGGAGCCCCAUCACAUGUUCACUUCGAUGAAAAGCUGCAUGACUCGGUCGUCAUGGUGACUCCGGAGGAUGAUGGCAACUUCAUGGUCAAGGUUGGCUUCCUGAAGACGCAGCACCGGUACGAAAUAGUGUUCACCUUGCCCGAGGUCCCAGCUCUGGGGAAGGAUGUGUGUCCAGCACCUGUGCCCAGUCCACACCUCCGGAUCACUGAUAUCACUCCGGCACCAGAGGGUGGUCUGAAGGUGACAUGUGAGUACAUGGCCCAGCAGGAGGGCGUUCUGUGUGAGGAGGUGCUGCUGCUCAGUGAGACCAACGAGGACGUCUGUGUUAAGGUCAAAGUUCACGCCAGAGUCAUGGAUCGUCACCAGGGGACACCCAUGCUGCUGGAGGGAGUCCGCUGCAUCGGGGUGGAGCUGGAGUACGACUCUGAACAAAGCGACUGGCAGGGAUUCGACUAAAGCUUCUGCUCCUCUCCCAAUAAAGUACACACACACAUACACACAAACACACACCUGCCAUCAUAGAAGGAUACACACACCAAAUUAAACACACACCAUAUAGGAAAAAAAGUGCACACAUAAAUAAUUUAGUGCCACGUAAUGUACAUACAGCAUUUCCAGUGUUCAGUGUUCAGAGGUUUUACAAACUAACAUACAAGAAACAUUCCUCUGCUGCAACUUUCACAACAUCGACAGCGUCUGCACAGUUUGUCAGUUUCCUCCCUCUCACCUUUUUAUCACCAUGAUGUGUUCUGGUGUGAUUUCCUAACUGAACCUGCAGAGAGCAGCAGCACUUUUUGAAUCAGCGCAGAUCUCUUUUCACCUUUUGUGCUCCAGUUCACUCUGCUCCUGUUGUGCAAACUGAAUCCCAGGUGAGAGAGGAAACAAGGGCUCUUUUACAUCAUGUUAUAGCUUAAAAAUGAUCUAUAGGGAGGAAUAUAAAUCUGCACAAUUCAGGGGAAAAGAGUGGAACUAAGGAGCAAAGCUGAGCCUGUAAUGGUUCUGUUUAACCACAAGGUGGCGCUGCAGACCGCUGUAUGGAAAGCUCCUCCAGUCUAAAGUUUUCUGGUGCAGCAGUGAAACUGCAUUUCUUUAUUUAACCCUUUAACAGACAUACUAAAAAAUGCCUCUGCCAAAAAAAAAAACAUAAUA